AUGCAAACUCACGACGGAUUUGACACCUCCAUGACACAGUUGAACCAAAAUCAAAGUCAAGGCCAGAGUAACAACCAUGGUCCAUUGCUUGCCCAGUCUCAACCGAGACGCUGCCGUCGUCGCGGUGGUCUUCCAGGCAUGCCGCCAAUUGAGCCAAUUUGGGAAGACACUUUGGACAGAAGAGACAAUGUAGUUACGAACCAAAACACCACGUCCGUGAGCGCACCUCCUCACCACCCACUUUGGAGCCAACAGCAGCAAGCAGUUGUCAGGGCUCUAGGCCAGUAUCGACAGGUUUCAGUAAGACCAAGUCAACCCGGGCAGCCCAAUGCUGCAAAUGAUGUCGGAGGGGCGCAGGGUGAAGCCAAUAGAGCAGAACCGGGCGACAUUCCAGCAACAGGCACAAUUCGGCACGAUCCGCAUCGAACGUUCAGUGUUCCACAUUCUCAAAAUGGUGCUGGCAAUAACCAGAAUCAAUACAAUUCCAAUCAAGGUGGAGCUUUGGAUAAGGCUGCUGAGGGGCAGCAAGGUACUGGUAUCAACUACGGUAAUAUUGGCACGGAACUGGAUGAUAGCUUUAUGGAUGAGUUUGUGAAGUGGGAACCGUAUGUCGACCAUGGAACGGGGACUGUUCCUUCCGACGUCGACCAUGCAUAUGAACAGCUUGCGCGAGCGAUGGCUUUGUGGUGA